GCCAUGUCCUACGCCCUGCACUACCACCGCGGCAUUCCGGGCCGCGGCGAGUUCGUGCGCCUGCUCUUUGUGCACGCCGGCACGCCGUUCCACGACCUGCCGGCGCUGCCGGCGCAGGACGCCGCACAGCACUUCGCGCCGCCGCUGCUGCGCUACACCAGCGCCGCCGAUGCGCCGCCAGACUUCGCGGCAGAGGUCGAGCUGUCGCAGACACCCGUGAUUCUCUACUUUCUCGCCUCACGCCUGGGACUGGCGCCGAGCGACGAGGCUGGCCGACUGGCGGUGCAGCAGCGCGUCGAGACGAUCCUCGACCUGGCCAACGAGGUGCACGACGUCCAUCACCCGGUCGAUGCCUCGCUCUACUACGAGGACCAGCGCGACGUCUCGCUGCGCCGCGCGCCGUACCUCCUGCAGCUGCGUGUCCCGAAGUUCUUGAGCACCUUCGCAGCGCAAGUCUCAGCCUCGGGCAACGGCUGGCUGCACUCGAGCGGCGUCAGUGCGGCCGAUCUGGUGCUCUUCCACCUGCUCGAGGGUCUGGCAUACGCUUUCCCACGCUACUUCGGCACGCUCAAGAAGGAGGCGCGAUUCGCACCCCUAUUUGAGCUGCAGAGCCGUCUGCGCGAGACGGAGUCCAUCCAGCGCUAUCUGAAGAGCGAGGCACGCACGCCGUUCAACGAGUACGACCUCUUCCGGCACUACCCUGAGCUGGACGCCGAGUACACCGGCAAAGUGUGACUGCUCAGCGCUGACGUGGCUAGCGACAAGCCACCUCGCCCGCUCUCAACAAUGCACGCGGUUCGAGAAUAAGAUCAAGCGUUGCAAGAGCAGCAGCAGCACGCGCAAACGCGGCGUGCACGAGACGAAAGACGUAGAAGUACAGCGAGGAGUGGCUCGCUUGGCGGGCGAGCGCGUGGAUGGAGGCGGCGGAGAAGGCGCAGAAGGAAGCAGGUGGCGAAGCGGAUGCAAGAUGCGGAAGUAAGGGCGAAGGAAUGCGAGAGAGAUGCGGACGUGGGGGAUGAAUGAGUGUGGCUGCGAGGACGAAUGCGGAGCGUGGACCGCGCGGAGUGG